UUUAAAGACAGACCCUUUGCCUGACCCACAGACAGACCCGGAAAAUGGCGCGCUGCUAUUCAGUGCUCAGCAUUGUCAUCUUCGCUUUCCUAGGUGUUACAAGGGAUGCAUAUGCAGCUCAAGAAGAUGCUGUGAAGCGAUUACAAGCCUGCGGCUUCAAACCCACGAGCGUGCUUGAUGUCGGUGCAAACGUGGGAACUUGGAGCAGAGUCUACAAGACCUUGUUCCCGGAAGCGACUUUCUUCAUGAUUGAGGGCAAUGAUAAGUGCCAGGGCGAGCUGGCAGCCACGGGUGUGCCGUUCGAGAUCUCACUGGUGGGCCGCGCCGAGGGCAGCAUAACGUACCACCGGCGGAAGGACGGCACGUGCGCCGCUAGCACGGGCAACUCGGUGUUCAAGGAGAACACGCACAUCUUCACCGAAGAUGAAGUUGUUGAAGCUCGUGUGCGGACCAUCGACAGCAUUGUCGCAGCUCGCCAGGUGGGACCCUUCCAGUUCUUGAAAGUGGACAUUCAGGGCAGCGAGGUGCCUGCGCUGCUGGGCGCCCGUCACACGCUGGAGAGUGUGGAGGUGGUGAUGACGGAGGCGCCCGUCAUGAACUACAACCAGGGCAGCCCGCCCUUCACCGUCCUCACCUCAGUGCUCAACCACCUGGGGUUUGAGAUCUUCGACAUCGCUGAUAUGGCACGAUCGGAUAAAGGGUUGCUGAUGCAGAUGGACGUGCUCUGGGUGCGGCGCAGUUCGGCGCUGUGGGGCCCUGCCUGCACCGGAUACCCUGUGCCAUCCCAUUUCACGCACAAGGGCCAACACGCUGAGUGGAUGCCCUAGGAUGCUGUAGCGGACAGGCUGUCGCGUGCAGCAUGAUGAAUGUGAUAGAGUAUUAGGGGAGGCAGGGAAAGCAGGGAAGGCAGGGAAGGCGGCAAGCAGGCUCGAUGUGGGCUGCUGGCGUAGUCGGUGACGGCGUUGCUUGGCAUUACGCGCUGUGGCGGCGAGUUCGCUAACAUUGCUGCAGAGUUCGCUAAAAUUGCUGACAUGCUGCCCUCGCGCUCGGGGCGCCAAUGCUCUUAGAUGAAGGGACGGCGGAGUGCUGAAGCUGGUUCGGAGGGUAGCACAGGUAGACAGAGACAUCGGGAUAAGAGGCAGAAGGCGUCCAGGCCCCUGGGCAGUGCAGGCUACCCGCUACCCAGGCAUUCAGCAGCGCUGGGACGGCCCGCUAGGGAAGUGCAACAGUGCUUGGACAAGUGUUCCCCGGUCACGGGAAAA